GGAAGGGGCGGGCCGAGAGCGGGAAGCGCUCCUCAGAGGCCUGCGUGUGGCUGCAGCGUCGGGUCCUCCGCCUCCGCCCUCCUCUUGCCUCCUCCUUCGUCUCCGCGGCCUGCGCCUCUCGCUCGCUCGCCUUCCUUCUUUCCUCCCUCCCUCGUUUCCUCGCCGCCAUGUCUCCGCUGCGGGCCGUGGUGGCGUUGCUGGCCGCGCUGUGGGGCCCGGCGGCCGGCUACUUCGUCAGCAUCGACGCGCACGCCGAGGAGUGCUUCCUGGAGCGGGUCCCGUCGGGGACCAAGAUGGGCCUCAUCUUCGAGGUGGCCGAGGGAGGCUUCCUGGACAUCGACGUCGAGAUUACGGGCCCUGACAAAAAGGUCAUCCACAAAGGAGACCGAGAAUCCAAUGGGAAGUAUACCUUUGCUGCUCACAUGGAUGGGACGUACAAAUUUUGCUUCAGCAACAGAAUGUCCACCAUGACUCCCAAGAUAGUGAUGUUCACUAUUGAUAUCGGUGAAGCACCAAAGGGGCAAGAUAUGGAGACAGAAGGUGGUGGAGAUACCUGGGAUGCUCACCAGAACAGGUUAGAAGAGAUGAUUAAUGAAUUAGCAGUGGCCAUGACAGCCGUCAAGCAUGAACAGGAGUAUAUGGAAGUUCGUGAAAGGAUACACCGAGCAAUUAAUGACAACACAAACAGCAGAGUGGUCCUCUGGUCGUUUUUCGAAGCUCUUGUAUUAGUUGCCAUGACACUGGGACAGAUCUACUACCUGAAGAGGUUUUUUGAAGUCCGGAGAGUUGUUUAAUCAACCCCCCCUAUUCUCCAGGGAUCCCAGAUUCUCUGUUCACCAUCUACCAAACAAUUUGGUUAUCAAGAUUUCUUAGUUUAUUUUACCCUUGCGUUCUGAAUGAUAAAACCUGUUUUAAGUUUCUACUUAGAUGAUUUUUUAUAUAGAUAUUCUCUAUAGGGGAAUAAUGUGCUGAGAGUUGUUCAUUCAAAUCGGCAGAUCUUUUGUUUCUUGCUCGCCAAAGUGAGUUUAACCAAAAUUGCAAAAGUUAGAUUUAAGGCCGUACUGUUAGUCUUCUUCAGCCCUUCCUUGAGUCUUUUAUCCCCCUCCCCUUUUAGUAUGGAAAUCUUUUUUUUUUUUUUGUCUAGGAAAAGUGGUACAGUGCCCUAAAAGUGGCUUUUUCUUAAUACUGUUGAAACCUGUGAGGAAUUUCUUAAUUCUAUAAAUGUACAUGGGAGAGGAAUCAUGGACAUACUACCAGCCCUGGCAGUAUGUCCUGGAAAGUACAGGAUGCUGCUGUUUAGGCAGCAUCUGUAAUAUCUCCAGUACUGUUAUGUUAAUUAUACUGGGUGGUUCUGUACGAUUCUUGUUAAUUCGAGAUCAAAAUGCAAAAUGAUCAGGUAGCCAUGUGAUGUAGGUGUGCAAACCAGUGGACAGGCAGCCAGUUGUGGGGAUUUAGUUAAAUGUAUUGUUUACUUCUUUUUCUGUUUCCAGUUCCAAACUGUUUAGCAUUAUCCCAGUACUAUGUUCAGGAUGCUGAUUCCCGAUGCCAACGGGUUAACAGUAGUAGGGGUGGGAGGUUAUUAUCGUGCUAUGCAGCCCAUAUUUCUUAAAAGCCACAGCUCUGUUGCUGAGCGAUCCUAGGAACACCAGGAUUUGUUACCAUCUUUUCUAUGAGGGAGAUUGUGUGCCUUUUAAGUGGCAGAGAAAAAUAAAACGUGUGUUGUUUUUCACUGUCAGUGAAUCUUCCCAAGAGGCUUCUGUGCAUUUAAUAGCAACACAGUAGGGAAGCUUAUCCAGUAUGGGGAUGCAAACCUAUACAUGUUGAUUUUUUUCUUUGUUGAACUGCUGUUACAGACACAGGAGCCUCUGUCAAGUAAGGAGUUGGCACUCUCAAUUAGGAACACGUUGAAAUACCAAUGCAUUUUGUCCUUUUUUCUCUCUUCAAACACACAUUGACUUCAGUUUUUGUACAAACUAUUUUUCUUCUUGUUAUUUGGAUGAUGGGUUUUAAAAUUGCCGCAUCUGUCUGUGGGAGCGGGAGUGGGUGCUGAUCCAAGAUUAUGUUGUGGCUCGUGUAUAUUGAACUGAUGUAUAUUGGUUGUAAUUUUGGGGAUGGAUGGGGAUGGGUUCUUUUCAAUUUUGGGGGGGGGGAGCGCAAUGCAUAAAGAGUUUUGUACCAAAUUUAAUUUAAUUAAAAUUUGUUACAAGUUUUCAUGGUUCAAGCAAUCUUUUUGAGCCCGAGAUAGUUAUCUUUAACAGCAGUUCUUCAAAUGGCUGUGUAGCCCCCUCUCGGUGCAGCUGUUGUAUGCCAACUCUGUGUAUGAGACAAAUGGAAUUCCAAUUAGAUGUACAUUGAAAAGUGCUUGAAAUGUUGCCAGAUUCGAUAAAUAAACACAUUCUUUAAAAAAAGA